AGAGAGGGAAAGGCAAGCAAAUAGUUUACAUCAUUAUUCCAGAAAGAUCCACAGCUGGCUUCUCUGGCAGGGGCUGUCGGUGUUGGUGUAUUUAAGUGCGCAGGCACAAGAGGCUGCAAGUUUUCAGAGAGGGGACAUAGAGACAUCAUGGACAUCGCUAUCCAGCAUCCCUGGUUUCGCCGCUCCUUCUGGCCAUCCUUCUUUCCCAGUCGGAUCUUUGAUCAGCACUUUGGGGAGCCCAUUUCUAAUAGCGACAUGAUUCCCUCACUGUACUACCCUAGACCUUCCUUCCUGCGCUGGCCAAGCUGGGUGGACAGUGGCCUCUCUGAGAUGAAAUUGGAAAAGGAUAGUUUCUCAGUAAAUCUGGAUGUAAAACAGUUCGCACCAGAGGAGCUGUCAGUGAAAAUCAACGGAGACUUCCUUGAAAUUCAUGCUAAACAUGAGGAUCAUCAGGACAAACAUGGCUUUGUCUCACGGGAGUUUCUAAGAAAAUAUCGUGUUCCUGCUGGUGUGGACCCAACCUCUGUCACCUCCUCCCUGUCUUCUGAUGGGGUUCUGACAGUGACAGCCCCACGCAAGCACUCAACCAGCCCAGAACGCACCAUUCCCAUCACCCGUGAAGACAAGCCCGCCGUGACUGGCCCUCAAAAGAAGUAAUGCUGCUAGACUUCCAUGUUACAACUUUACAGCUUUAUGUUCCUUGUCUUUCUCAGUUGUAUGUUCAACAUUGCUUCUGCUCCAAUUAUCCUUUACUGCUCAAUCUGACCAGGAUAUACUGGAAUAGCUUAUUACCCCCCUUGUUAUUGACAUGCCAAUCAAUUAAGCUGUCUUUGCUACAGAAGCUUAGGAAGAAAUGGUUAUUAGGUCAAAACUACUUCAAUUAAGACAUCAUCAAACAGUAAAUGCAACUUCUACAUAAGUGGUUCUCAACUUGUGGAUCGUGACUGAAAAAUGGAGAAAUAACAAUUCACUUUUAAAAGGGUGGAGAAAACACUUCCCAUAUCUUUUGUUGCUGAUAUCAAAGGCUGUCAUCCAAUUGAACUCUACUGUAUUUUGGUGCAAAUUCUUCUGUCAUUUGAUAGAAGCUAUCCAUAUUAGGCAGAUGCAAAUAUGCCCUCAUCCUUGAAAAACCAUGACCAAAUUACGCAAGGAAAAUACAACCCAGAAAUUCAGGUUCACUUGCAUGAGGAUAAACAUGGUUUGUAUCAACCACAAUGUGUUUUGUGCAGUGACUUAUUGGCUGCUGAGUACCACUGAAAUUCAAGAGACAUUUAGAAGCCAAACACUCAAACUUUUUUACUUUUGUGGGUCUCCACUUGACGUCCAAUGUAAAAUUCGCAUGGAUCCUGAAGCAAAACAAGUUGUGAACCACUGCUCUAAAGUCUAAAUCAUUGUUACCUAAAUCAGUUCCAUAGAAAUACACUGUUACAAUAAAGUAUUGUCUGACCAGACAAAAGGCCUCUUUUAUGUUUUGCAGCCAGUCUAUGCUAAUGGCUGCAUGACAAAGUAUUUGAGGUCCUGAGUGUAGGAUUGUUGGAUUUUUCCUUUUCAUUUAUUGAGAACAAAAACACAAUGGCUUAAACCAUCAUUGUAUAACAUUUUUGGAUCAUGUGGCAAAAAAUGUCCAUAGUCCCUCAUAUUUAAUUUUAUUUAAUGUCCAGAGUUUGAUUCCCUGCACACUAUUAUUAUCAUUUAUCCAAAAGAGCUCAAUAGAGAAAUGUUGGCUGCUUAUUCUGUAUGUUAAAAUGAUUUGUUACAUCCAGAUAUGAUGAUGGCUUUCAGUGGUUGGAAAAAAACAAGUUUUGUUUAUAUUUAAUGAUGGAUUUAGGACCAGAAGUCAUACUGAGGGAAUGUGGAUAAGUUCUUGAAAAAAUAUCUCUAUAAUAUCUCUCUCUCUCUCUCUCUCUCUCUCUCUCUCUCUCUCUCUCUCUCUCUCUCUCUCUUUUAUGGGUAUUAAGGCUGUUCUAACACCCUUUCAAAUUUACAAGUGUAAAAUUUGGGCUAACCCAGGGUUAAAAGAAGUGUAAAGCCCUUUGGUUUCUGGUUAAGUGUGGUGCCAAGAAGUGCCAAUAACAGGUUCUACAGCAAUAAUGAGAGUCCUGUGUACAGUACAUGAGGAAUGAGGUCAUAUAUAAGCAACUAAAAGAGUUUAUUAAUGCAAGGUUUUUAAAGUAUGGUAGGAUUACUACAAAGUAUGACUAGAUCAGAGGUUUCCCAAAUAAUAUAUGAGCUUGCAGUCAUAGCGCAUUUCAGUGUUAUUCUUCAGAAUGAAAUACAGUAUUUUCUAGGUACUGUAUAUCUUGAGCUAAGUUAAAACCUUUCUGUUUAGGUUAUGUUUAAGUGCAUGGACAUGCAACUGUGUGUGUAUGUGUGUGUGUGUGUCUUCUCACUAAAGCAAAGGCCUGUUAAACCAUUGCAUUGAAAACACUAGGAGGUAUAAGUGAGAAGGAGCACAAGUGUUUCAAAUCGUUUUUCAUAGUCCAUUGAUUCUACAUUCCUCACUAAUCACAGCUCCAAGUACUGAAUUAAUGUAUUAAUAUCAUGAAAUAAUUAUCAAUAAAUUCUGUGACCAUUCAAAA